AUGGGAGAAAGCGAAGUUUCAAUGGUGUCUGACGUUCCACCAAGCACCAUAACAAAUCAGCCAUUUCCUCAGACUAGUACAAAGGUUUACUACCAUAUAGACGAUGAACCAACUCCAUACCUCACUGAAGUCCAUGUGCCUCCCGAUUUAAUCACACUAGGAGACGUUAAACGGGUGCUAAUGCGUUCAAAUUUCAAAUACUACUGUAAGGCUUUGGACCAGGAUACAGGCUGGAAGGCUAUCACCUUGUCAGCUUCUGCAGUGCCAUUAUUUUCUAGCCAUUAUGCUCUACGGCAUAUGAAAGCAUGGCUCACGUUUAUGCCCAUAUUCAACUUCGAAUCUUUGAAACAAAAGAAGAGAAAUUUCUUUCGAAAUUUACCAUUAUGGAUACAAUCUCCGCUAAAUGAGCAAAUUUAA